AUGUCUUACCCUCAUCCAACGGCUCCUGUUGAAGAAAAUCCGCCACCGGCUUAUAAUGAAGCUUAUAAUAUAGGUAUAAUUAUUUAUUUUUUUAUUUUUUUGAUCGAAGUUUUUACAUUAUUAUCUUUUUUUAUUUUUCUAUAUAUUGUAGGAAAUUCGAAUCCGCCGACAUACGAGUCUUUGUACGGCCAAUUUCGACAAGUCGACAGUCCUUCGGGCCUUUUUACCUUCGCGAAACGCACUUCUGACGUCGUUUGCGGAACGUGUGAGUCAAUUUGUUUGAUUCAUAUUUUUUUUCCAGUUAGCUUGAAGAAACCAUUUAAUUUUUUAAUCGUAGCUGUGUAGUCCCGCGAAAGAGUUGUAUGGAUGCAAAUUUAUAUUUUGUUGUAACUUUUUUUUCUUUCAAAACGAAACUUCUCAAAUGACCUGAAAAUAGUGAAGUCAAAAGAGGCUUUAAAAGAAAAUCUGGAUCAAUUUCAGCGAAGUUUCAAGCUGUGUGUAGAAAGAGAACAUAUAUUUUAAGUUAAUAUUUUUUUUCGUGGUGUUACAUCUUAAUUAUUUUUGCUAGCCUUCUCAAAAAAAGGGAUAAAUGUAGAAAUUUAGUCUUUGAACUUGAAAAGAGUUAAAAAUUUUAAGGUGCUAGAAAGAUAGCGAGAACUUUUUUUUUCUGUUUUGUCAUUGCCCGCGGCGAAAAAAGAAAGAAUCCAAAUAAUUUAAAUUCUCCACCAGCUUGAGAGAAACUUUUAAGUCUCUUUUUUUUCCGCGAAAACUUUUUUGCUGGUUCUUAAAAAGACUCGUAUAGAUUACUAUCCAUCAAGAAAAAACAAAAAAGUCUUUGAGCCUCCGAAGCAUGAAAAUGUUUUGACGAUGGUUUUGAAAAGAUAACGCGAAAACCCUUCAAUGGUUAUCCGAAUGGCGGUGACUUUAACGCAACAUCGAACGGUCGUUGUAAAAGCGUGUAGCCUUGGAGAAUUGAACAGGCGCUGAGAAAUUCUGUCAACACAGAUGGCAAUCAAACGGUUUCCGUUUUGACGAACGCCCUGUUGAUUGGAAGAAUGUUAAAGAUCGAAGAAGACCUGGCGUUUACAGUAUAACCGGCCAGAUGGUCGUCUGAACGCCGGAAGCUUUUUGAAGAAGCCGAUUCGGAAGUUUUUUUCUUGGGGUGGAUUGCGUCAUUAGAGAGAACACCUGUGGGAAACAACAAUUAUCAUUUAACCAAUACAUAAGAAUGGUUAACAUGGAUAACAAGCUAUCUAUUGUUUGAAAUAAUGCUCCGAAAUAAUUUUACAAGGCGGCUGAAUUUUAGUCUGAUCCACUGAUUUGAAUUUAUAUCAGAGAAAAAAGGAGGUUUAGAGCUCAUCUUUUAUUUGGUUUUUUUAAUUCCAUUUUUUUAAAAAGUUACAGAGAAAAAAACACGAAAAAAACUGCUUCUGAAUUAGAAAUUUUAGAAAUCUGAAUUAGAAAUUUUAUCUACCGAUUAAAAUUUCUUGAUGAAAGCUCGAAUGAAAUAUGAACUUUUCUUUAUCAUUGAAAAAAAUAAUUAACUAAGAAAUCUGAAUUAUCGAGGUUGAAAUCCAAUAAUAGUGUAAGUGUGUUUUUUUCAUAGAACAUUUCAUUAGGAAUUUAUUUUUUUCUGAAUCGAGGUUUUUUUUAAUGAUUAAAAAAUAUUUUAUGGUCCCUUGAAACCAUCAAAAAGAAAAACUUUUCUCCGUUUUGUUCUCCAAUUUUUUUUCUCCAAACUUCUGAUAACCGUGUCUGAUAUCCCGGCAAUAAAUCAUCAAGCGCAGUGUGAUAUCACAGCGCGAGGUGUCAGAAUUCGUUGAGACGGUUUGGCUUGAAGGCCUAGCAGAACGGAUGUGAGAUCAACGUGUAAAUCUAUCCCAAGGUACUCUGUUUUGCUGAAAUUGAACCUUGAGGGCUUCGGUUACGAGGCGAACAUUUUGAAGAGUUCAAUCAACUUGUUUUGAAAACUAUGCACUUUUUGUGGGUCACUUCCGCAAAGAUCUGUGUGAACCGAGACCAUUGAUUUCGAGGUGAAGAAAGUGUACUAUGCGGAAUUUUCUACCUAUUGUGAAGAAUAAAUUAUGUAUGAGAUGAGAGUGAAAUAAACUGUUUGCGGAAAAGAUUUAUAGUUCGAAACGUCUCUGAAGCUUUAUCUGCAACUUGGCUAAAUUUUUUCAAUGUUAGGGUAAGUUUGUUUUAGAGCAUGGGAUUGGAACGGUAGCAUUUCUGAGAAUGAGUUUGGAUCCAUAAAAUAACGCCUAGAUGGAUCAAGAAUUAAAAAAAAAACAGAAAGAGUAAGUAAAAAAGUUUUCAGUGGGCGCAGCAAUUAUUCUCGCCUUCCUGAACUUCGUGCCUCUUACGAUGAUCAUCGUCGGCGCCAUCAACAAGGAGAACUGUGAUGCGAACCCGAACAUCCCGACGUGGAUGAUCGUCACCGGCGUCAUGACAAUCGCCACACGCUCUCUCGACUACUUCAAACAGAUUAUGGUUUCUCAUUCGAAAUUUCCAAGUGAAGUUAUUUAUCUCAGACGAAGGUGAAUCACACAGAGUCGGCUCCCUUCGGAGUUUCUUGCCUCCAAUGGCUCAUCAACGCCUUUUUGUUUGUCUGGUGAGUAAAUUGGUUGAUUGAAGUCGUUCUCAAAGAUUUUCUAACGAAAGUUUUUUAAAUGAUUUUUAGUCUUCGCUGGACUUAAAUCAGAAUAUAAAAAAGAGAUCCCUUGCAAAACUCACUGUGGCCACUGAAAAAUAUUUCCUUUCCGAUUUUUGAACAACCUUCAUUUAAAUCCUGAGUGCGAUACAAGGAUGUUCAAGUGAAAAGCAGCAACUUUGGUAAUUUCAAGCAUUUUUAUUAUAUUUCCACAUGCACCGUAAGCUUACCGUAAGCUUACGGUGCAUGAGGAAAUGUAAUAUUUUAACGUGCAGAAAGUCCCUUCUCACCAAAAGACAAAAUGUUGCAUGUUUCGUGUUCAACCAUGUCUACAAAACCAUAGUUAAACUUCCAGUCUCGCGUCUGGAAUCUAGUCGACUUCAGCGAUUCUUUAGAAACAGUAAGAAGUCAUUCAGAAGUACACCAAAGGUUUGAGGUUCAUAAUCGGUUGCGUGUGGGUCUUCGGCGCCUACGGCCAGCGAGCGCACUGCGAGACCUGGACCUACGCGAUCUCCUUCGCGUUCAUCGUCGUCACGCUGGUCGUGCUCGCGUUAUCCGCCUUCUGCGCUUGCUGCUGCUGCUGCUGCGUCUGCUUCCGCAGCUCGUCGCAGAACUCCGACUCGUAUCGCCCUUCCAGCUUUGCUUGAUCAAUUAUCUUUCUUCUUAAUCAUCAAAAGCAUUCGAGAAAGGUCUCAUUUUGCGCCUGGCUCACUUUAUCGACUUUUUUUGUUCCAAUUUUCACACGUAUUAAAAAAAAUACAGCAUGCUGUAUUCAUUUCCUCCUUUCGCUUCUUUUUUUGGUUUUUAUUGCUUUAUUACACUCUUACAAAAGCUCUCUAUUGUCCAUAUUUCAUGGUCAAAACGUGUAGAUGUUAAAUUUGUGUCCGGAUCUUACGGGGCUCUCCUGUUUAUUCUAUCUUUUGUUUUUUUUUUAAUAAUUCCAAUUUUUAUCCUUUGGAUGUACAUUUUCAUUUUGUUGAUAAAGUUUUUUUGUUGUCAAAUUUUUUUAAGAGAGCAUCAUUGAACAAAACUUUCCGGGGUAUCAAUUUUCUCUUACAUUGGUCGAAAUUCUUGAGCUUUGAAACUGAAAGUGAAAAAAGAAUUCAUUGUGUUUUAGUUCAUUCUAUGUCAGCUUCAAAUAGCAUCAUAGGCAGCAACUGAAUUUAGCAGAACGCACGCCUCAAAGAAACUGUCGUCGAUUAUUGUGUCAGAGACGCAAACAGCGGAUUUGACGCUAGUUCGAAAGAAUAUCAAGUUUUUUUGGUUAUUUUCCGACUUAUGUCUUUGUUUUUUUUAUUAUUUUUUUGUUCUGAAAAAGUUUGUUUUUUUCAAUAAAAAGAAACGAAAAUAUUUCGAAAUUCACACCGAUUCUCAAAGUUUUUUUCUUCUUUUUCGUCGCUCGCAAAAAAAUUUAGAAUCAAUUGCCCCUGAAAGGCUGAUGAGUGAUUCUUACAAUUUUCUCUACAACACGUCGCGAAUUCGCCCUGAACAUCGAGAAAUUUCGACCUUUCCAGGUGAUCCGAUGAGUCACGACCUUCCACGAGGAUGGAACCUAUUCGCGGGAGUUUCGAAACGCGCAGGUGUUCAUCGGGAUUUCGCUAUUAUCGUGUCAAGGAAGAGAGCCAAGGCCUUUGGGGCACUCGAUCACCUGUCUCGGAAGCCAUCUUCUUUUUAGACCACCCAUCUGCCGUCGGUUCACUUCUCUAGAUGCUUCGUUGGUCUUUCGAGUGUCCAAGUGGGUCUAGAAUCUUUUUGUAGUUUCAAGUGCAUGAAGAAAAAAGGACAGCGUCAUUUUUCUGCGUGUUAACUUGAAUUUCUUUCUAUUUGCCGGGAGACGUCCUUCAACUGAAAUAGUCUGUCUACGGGAUACUAGAUUAAUAGUCCAUUUUUUGCUGCAACGCGAAAAUAUUCAAUGAGGAUCUUCACUCGGUUAGCUAGUUAUUAAAAAAAAAGAAGAGUUCAAGGCGCCUCUAUUAUAUUUUCGUUCCAAGUUCUCAUUAGAUGGAGUAUAAUUUAGCUCCUAGCUUGGGCAAAAACAAUCUAUCCAAGGGUUUCAAGCAAUGAUAGACACAAGGAAAGGUUAAAAAUAGAAAAAAAAAAAUAGAAAAAAAAACUUUUUUGUGAAACGUCAACUCGUAGUAAGGCGCCGAAUGUUCAAAUAAUUGGACAUUUAUUGACUUUUCAUAAAUUUCUCAUAUUAAUUUGGGUAUUAUUAGGAGGACUAUAAUCAUUUCGAUAUCAAAAUAAAGCAAAUUGUAAGCUACGCCCUUCUCCUGUCUUCUUCACUCAAUUGUACCACCUAAGAACGGAAAUACGUUUCCGGCAGAACUUUUUUGGAGAGUUCCUUGAUUCAAUUUAAAAUCUGGUUUCUAUAACUGGUUCAUUGGUGACUUAGGGAAAAAGUUCCAGAAUUUUUUUAUUUAUUUAUUUCACUCAACACACAAAAAUGAAAUAUAGAAUAGAAAGUACUCAAAGAAAGGCCCAAAGACAUUUUUUUUUUUUUGAAAAAUUUAAAUAAUUCAGGCAAUAAUAUUUUUCAACGUUUCUGUUCUUUUAAUUUUAUAGUGACUGAAAAAGCAAUUUUUGCAACGAACGAGGUAAGUGAAUACUUUCAUUGUUCAUGGGAACCACCGGUGUUCAUGUUUCUUAGCCCUAAGUACACGGGUUAUUAGGGUUAUCGAGUACAUCUUUCAGCGUUAAAUUAGAUCAUUUUCGAGUUUUUGAAUUGAAGAUUUUGUUCUUUGGUGGCGGAAACGACUCGGGGAUCGUUUGUAAUUGGAUUCCCAAUUUUUUUUUUUCGAAAGGUUGUACAUUAUUUAAAAAAACUUACAACUGUUUUAUUUUUUUAAUGUGCCUAAAUUUUUUCUUUUCAUGGCUAUCCGUUGAACUAAUUCUUCUCGUAAGGAGAUGAGAUCUCCUAGUUCUACCCAAUAAUGCCUUAAAUUAUCUCGCGGAAUCUCGACACUGUGAGGCAGCAGCUCCUGCGCGGCAACAUCAUAAGAAGCGGAAUUCCGCAGAUGCCUGACGGAUUCAACGCCAACGACGAAGAAAAAAAUCUCGCGCUUUGAUUUACACGCGGACCUCGUCGACGCGUCGCCGGAAGCGAUUAUUUGGACGCCGUCCGAAUUAUAUCACCAUGAGAAGGACUCGGCUACGGUGACUCAAUUCGACGGAAGUGAUGACAGACCUUUUUUAGUUCGUUCGCGAUUAGAAUCGAGGUUGUUAAGGGCAGAGGCACUAACGCAUUGUUCAGAAAUUAUCGGUUGAGCAAUUCCAGAAAACCAGUCGUUUCCUAUUAACCAGGUUUAAGAUUUUUCGCCUUCUCUGUACUCAGUUGUAAAAUCAUUCCUUUCUGCAGAGUCCCCUGCAAAAACUGCUUCGUAAUACCAAUAUACUCUGAUAUGCGCCUUUAAGCACGCCUCGACUAUGGAAUCAGAAUUUGAAUAUGUUCUGGACUUUUAUUUUUCCAACUUCAUUACCUUAAUCAUAGCCAAAAAUAGUAUUUAAGCCAUUUUCAGAAAACUUUUCAUUGGUGAUAUUUCGAUUGCUUCAGUUCAAACAAUAAACUGCUUUCAAUCAAUCAAUAUUUAUUGGUUGUUUUAGUCCGAUGGAAUCGACUAGGCGGUUAAAAAAUUGCUCUUUUGAGCGGCACUAACACCGCCUUUGGCGAAAAAGAAGUCAAAACGUGUAGUCGAUUGAAUUGAAAGCAUGGUCUUACGGUCCUUCGCCUCGUUCUUCCACAAGUAGAUUCCUCAGUUUCGCGGGUACGGGCACGGCGGUGAUGAUGGGGCUCGGGCACGGACUCCGUGUCCACUCUAGGGUAGUCUCGGCCGAUUGAGAGAGCUACCACUUCGAGUGAAGAAAAUACACGGAAUCCUUUAGGAAAAAAAAAAUCGGUAAAUUAUUUCCACAACCAUGAUUAUUUUCAAAACUUCAGUCAUUUCCUAUUCCGGAAUUCCCGUUUUCGUAGCCAUACCAAUAGAUGUGUGCUUGGACUGUCUUUCGGAUCCUCGGUACCUCGCUUCCAACACAUUUUGGCUUUGUCCUGCCUCAGAGGAUCGGAUCUCCAGACGAUCGACUUCAAAAGGACCGACGGCCACCUAUGGCGCCGCCCAUAAAUUCACGAUUCUCGUAAAUCCAGCGACGUUUUUCGCGUCGGGCCAUCCUCCUAUUUAAAAUUGCACUUUGCUGUCCUUGUUCCGGACGGAUUCUGGGCGGAGCCAAGUCCUUUCAUCCCGUCGUCUUUAUAUGAGAUCUUCUGUCAGCUCCUGUCACAAUUUUCCGACCUCUGAUUUAUACAGGUUUUGUAGUCUUUCUUAAAUUGCUCCAUUCGUUCUCGAUCCUUGACGUCUUUCCAUCAUUCUCGUUGGCGUGAGUUAAUCGCCGAACGGUCUAUAUAUAUAAUGUGAAUAGUUCCUGAAACAGAUAGUGGUUUGGGCAGAUCCUUUCAUUCCCAUUCAAUCCUUCUGGCGGAAUAAACUUUUUGGCGAUAGAAUUGCUUUCGGAAUUAUUUCCAUAACCUCUGCCGGCCAAGCAUUUUUUCAGUGUUUUUUGAACAUCACUCAGAUCAAGUUUCUUUUGUGCCUCAGCCACCCACGCAUGUUAGGUGAAUGUCCUCCCACCGUCUCUUUCCGAUAAGAAUGCAAAUUUGACGACGUCAACGACCUCAUCAGAUGCCUUUCCUCGCGUUCACGCCUACGCUACAUCUAGCAUCAACCUAGAUUGACCGAUCCUAUGUGAACACGAAAUUGUUGCCAACGCCAUGCUACAAACGAAUUUAUAAGUCGAGGAGAAAAAAAAAACGAAGCUUGAUUAUAUAGUGUCUAGUUCAUCACCACCUUGGCUUUCCAUAUGAAGACAAGUUCAAAAAUUGUUUAGAGAGUUUGAACUAUGGAAAUUUUCGCUAAUUGGCUCAACAACUCUUCAUGUAUUAGGUGAAGACUCUGAGAGUUUCAAAACGCAAAACUUCAUAUUGUUUUUUUGAAGAUUGACGCUUCAAAAAAACUCUGGAUUCUGAUAAAGAAAUAAAAAGUUUAAAGAUCCUUCCAUAACCCAUUUAUGCAGGCUGAGCUUUCCAGGUUUGCUUGCAGCAUAGUUUCCGAUGUUGCGAACCUUUCCCAGACGAUGAAAUUCGGCAAAGAGAAGAUCUCCAACUGUCGGACUCGAGCUGAACCUUUUCCUACUGAGAGCCACGCCUCGAGGCGUUUUUUGACGUCGCCGCCGCCUUGUCUGCCUUGCGACGUCUCGAUUUCUUCGUUCCUCCGUUCGUUCAAAGUCUUGUGCCUGACGUCAAAUCUGACAGUAGGCGGGUUCACGCCACGCCUUCUUCUUCUUUGAAUUUUUUGGUUUUCCGAAGGGACAUCCCCGCCUCUUGUUCAAUCCAAAUGUUUGCGAACGGCGGCGGCAAGUCUCGCUGUUACCGUAAUCCACGUGGGCUUCCUUCACCUAGGACCAACUUUGUUGAGCGAGCUACUAUUUACUUGGGCUCUCACGUCGUUCAACUGCUGUCUCUUCAAUUUCCUUGCUUUACUUCUUAUUUUAGAGAAAUCCUUUCUACUUCAUCCUUGGAACUUUCUUAGACUUAUCCUCAUCUUUCUCUCGAGAAAAACCCUAAGGCACAGCUUGCUAAUAAUUUCUGAUCCUGAGUCAUAGAGAAAACAAUUAAUCUAAUAGUUAUCAGUAAUAUUCACGCUUUUGUAGUGAACUUGAAAUUCCAGAUCUGACUACGUCUUAAAGCUUAGAAAAUCUUCAUUCAAAGUACAUUGAAAACAGCUGGAACCAUUCCUUUUCGGUUAAGUAUGACUUCCGCCAGAGGCACUCAUAACUUGAGAACGUUCGCUUCCUUCAGCAAGUUUUACAUCCAUUUUUUGUGAUUUAAUUCAUACGCUGGAGAAAACCUUUGGAAUUGAUUCUGAAAAGAAAAGAAAACGUAAUGCGUUUUUAAUAAGCUCUUUUUAUAUGAAAGCACUUAGAAUUUUAGAAAGCUUCAGAAAAAAAAAUAAAUCCGAAUAGUAAAGAACAGAGAACGAAAAAAAAGUAAAUAAAUAAAAAGAUGACGAAAAGAAGUUAGAAGGCUUUGAUGGCCGUGUCGCGUCACCUUUUUCGUGAUGUCCUGCGAGCCGCCCAUUUCUCUCAAUCUGAUUUCUCCGACUUCUAACAGGCGCCGCCCUCUUUUGGAGUGGACACCACGCACUCACGCCGUCUCUUCUUUUUCCGAGCUCUUUUUCCAAUCAUUCUCAAGUUCAAUUUUGACAAAAAUAGUUUGACCUUUGUGUUUCGUCUCUGUCAUUUCAGUUUUUUUAGUUUCUCUCUAUUUAUUUAUUUCAUGCAGAUCUGGCUAGUCUAUGUUUUGAAGAUUUCGCAUUUUCAAAUUCGUUUUUCUCUCUUCUGAAGUUAAUUAAUGGCGGCUUGGUUUAAAACUGGAUUUUCAGCACCUCCUACUUGAAUCAAUUUUUUUUUUCUCAGACAGAAUUUUUUAAAAACUUGUGAAAUUGAAAACUUUACUCAUUUUUCAAUAGAGUCAAAAAGAUAUUGAUAUAAGAUAAAGAUCAUUCCACUUGAACUUGUAAUAUUUGAUGAAAUUCUGACUGAAAAAUUUUGAGGUAGAAUAUUUGUGAAGGUUCGAGGCUCCAGAAUCAUUAUUAUAUCGAAAAGUUUUUAUCGCUAAUUUUAAGAAAAUCGUCAAGGGCUCUCUUCUCUUGUCCGCUCUUCUCCAAAAUGUUCCACUUUCGACAAAUUGUGUGUAGUCUUGGAUGACACUCUGGUCAGAUCUAUUAGAGUUGCUCUAUUUCUCGCUAGUUUAUUUUAUUACCCGACCCGAUCUAGUAUACCCUCAGGCCUUAUACAGUCAUUUUUAUGUGACAACCCGCCUCGGUCCUUUUAUAUCGUGACUUUCUGCGACAAAGACGCCAUGAAACGAUUGGUCGAAUCACCCGGCGAGUCGAUAAAUCUGGACUGCACGCGAAGGAAGGCCCGCAACACAAACUUCCUUCGCGUUUUGCGACUUCCGGUAUCCGCGCGGACAUCUUUCUCCACUACCGUCACCACCUCUACCGCCGCCUCCAGGCGUUGAAGACGUCGGCCUAAUCUGAUUACCUCAGCUGAGAAAGUAUCGAUUAUCGGCUGUUGCUAAUUGAGAAGUUGCGAAUCACCUUUCUGAAGACAAACUUCUCGGAGCUUUCUUUCAAACUGAGUUCUUUUGAGCAUUUUUCACGCUGUCUCUUAAGUUUCCACUUUUCUGAGUGCAUAGUCAAUCAUCUGAUAGCUAGUGCUUCGGAUUCCCGUGAAAAAGUUUUUAAUGUGAAUGAAACGGACCACUUUUGAUAUUUAAUCAUUUAGCUUUCGUUCUUUGUUUCCAGUUUUAUUUCUCAGAGUUUCAGCUGGAUUCUUGUGAACUUCAUUGACUUCAUCUUCACUUUAAGAAACGAAGAUAUAAUAUGAAAUGUUUGAAGUUUUUGCCGAGGUGUUUGAGCAUAGGAAAAUUUCAAAAAGCUCUUUAUGCUAAAAUCAAUUUUUUUGUUACUUCGACGACGAUUUUUGAACUGACUAUUGAAAUCGAUAAUUAAGUUUUAAUGAAAAUAACGAAUAAUGUAUUCUAGUCAUCUUCCUUUUUUUCUCCAUUUUAUGUGGCUGAAGCAGUUUUGGCUAUUCUAGGCCACACUGCAAUGAACUUUCUCAUGAUUUUCUAACCAGCUCCAGCCUUUCUUCCAAGUUUUUCACAAAUUUUUCGCAUUUAUCAAGCUCCGUAGACUUCAUCGGAUCUCAUCAAUGGAGCAUUCUGAACUUAUCAGCAUCAACCUCAUCAGCCCAAAAAGGAACUUCGGAAUGCCCCGCUGAACGACAUAACGGAUUAUCUUCAACGGUCUGCAGGCCUGUCCGAACCGAUUUGUCGCGAGUUAUUCUUGUGGCUUCCGUUCUUCCAACCGUCAGGCCACUUCAAAGACGCCGCACUCAACAAUUACAAUCAACCCGUUUUUGCAUCCGUUCCUCAGUCCUUUUUGCGGAGUUUGAUCGCGAAAUUGGCGCGCUUGUACCUAGACUCUUGCAUGCCGUUCGCACUUUCCAAAGAUCAUUUCUCGAGUUUGUACUUGAGUGGGCCAGAUAUCUCGGCCGGCUGGGUUACGAUAAUCAUGGUGCCACCAAUGAAGAUUGCAGCCGAAGGUCAAUUUUUUAUCCCUCUCAUCUUUUCCCCGAGUGUUCUUACAGUUAAAAUUAUAGUUUUCUUGUCUUUUAGAUUAGAUCCUCUCAUAGGUCGAAGCUUUUUUUUCCAAUUAUUUUCUUUUGGCACUGAAGGUUCACUCAAUGCCUGUCAAUGAAGUUUAACGGAGGAUUCCCCGCAAUAAGGUAUUCAAUUCGCAUAUUUCAUUAUUUUUUCCUAGAUAAAAUAUUCAUUUUUAUCUUCUGUAAAAGCGCCUAAAAUAAAAUUUCAUAAGAAAGUAGAAGAAAUUUUGGACGAUUGACUCGAGAAAACUUUCCAUAGUUCAAAAAGAAGCCGCGUGGAGCUAUUCUUUUCCCCCAGCAAAGCCAGCUUUGAUGUGUUGAGAUUCAAAAAGCUCUGUAGAGGUUGGUAGAUGAAGACUUUUUUUAAACAGCACAUUUUUGUACUACUCUUCUUAGGACAGACUUCAACGUAACCUUCUAAGUUUAUCAGCACUGAAAAGAAUUAUCAGUGCUACGGUAGAUGAUAUAUUGCAAUAAGCGCACUCUCAACACCAUUGAUUGAUCGCUGCUGGAUUGACAUUUCUCGAAAAUCGCUUCAGUUCAUCUGCGCGACGUCUUCUCUUUCUCCUCGCUCUCGCCGCGUCGACGUCUUCGGAAGAAGGCGAUGACGACGGCGUAG